GCACUAAUCAAGAUCUAGUACCGCCACCUAUACCGGUACAUAAGAUAGCUACUACUGCCACACCAGCUGCUGCAGCAGUAAUACCAGGAGUUCCAGCAGGUGGUGGUGGUGGUAAUAAUAAUCUUAACAUUAAUCUUCCGGAAAAUAACAACGCUAUACUAAGACUUGAAGUUGAAUUACGUGACAAGCAUGCACCUAAAUAUCGACGUGCGAUAGGUGUUGGAGUGCCUGCUGGUGCAGCACGCGGUGGUGGUGGUGGACGAGCAGGUGCAGCUGGACCAAGGGGUGGGGCUCAUAAUCGUCCAGCAGCUACAGGAAAUAAUGUUAACACUAUGAUGGACUUAAAGGGUAAUGCUAUAGUGCCCUUGGAAAAGGUUUUGGAAGAACUUUUGGUAAAACUUGAAAUUGAACAUGUUACCUGGACUACCAGUAAGAAGGGAUACUUUCAUCAUGUGGUCUUUCCACUACAAUCAGGUGAACCUUGCGAAACGACUCUACACUGUUUAACAGAAUUGGGUAUUGGCACUAAAUUGAAUUCGAGUGUCAG